CUGGUUUAUAGUGCAAAGAGUUUUGCAGUUUACUGCAUGUUGUUAUUCUUCACGUUAUUAUUAGCGGCUAAUAAACCGAAAAUCUCCCUCAUGUUCCGCGUUGAAGGUGGCUAGCACUUAACGUUUCAUGACGUUAAACUAUUUAACUUAGACUAAUUUAUUUCUGUUAAGCAUUAUGUUUUAUUAAUGUUCCGAGUUAAAUUAUUGUAAUGUCCCUGGGUCUGUAAGGUUGAAAACCCUUAAUUUAAUGCACUCGCAUUCCUACAUUUGUGUCUAAAUGUAUCCAGUCUUUUAUUUUAUUUACUUAUUUAUUUUAUUUUAUUUCCCGUGUACAUUCGCAGUAAACUACAACUCCCAGAAUUCACAGCAACGCGUCAUAACGAGUGUCAAAACAGCAGACCACGUGAUGUAUGUGCAGCAUUUUUCUAAACACAGCAGAAUUCUGCUUUAGUUAGUUAGCUAGCGACAGUGUUUAGUUUAAAUUUGACUUUAUACCGCUCUACUAAAGCAGAAAUGGAAGUGGGAACAGCACGACCGUAUUUUUUCGGUGACAUCGGUUUCUGGGCAGAGAGGACAGAGGUUCAUAAGGCUGCAUAUCAGGGUCAGGUGUCAGAACUGCAGAGUUUGAUCCAGAGUGGAGCUUCGGUGAAUAUUGUGGCUGUGGACUCCAUCACUCCCCUCCAUGAGGCAGCUGCACGUGGACAGACGCAGUGUGUGAGACUCCUGCUGGACGCAGGGGCUCAGGUUGAUGCGAGGAACGUGGACGGCAGCACUCCACUAUGCGAAGCGUGCUCUAUUGGGAACUUUGAGUGUGUGAGGCUUCUUUUGGAGUAUGGAGCGAAAGUCAACCCCACACUUACCUCACGUACCACUUCGCCUCUACAUGAAGCCUGCAUGGGAGGUAAUGCAGAUUGUGUGAGGUUAGUGAUUGCUAAAGGAGCCAGUCUGGAGGCCUAUGACCUGUACUAUGGUACUCCUCUACAUGUGGCAUGUGUCAACCGACACCUGGAGUGUGUUAAAGUGCUACUAAAUGCAGGUGUGCGAGUAAAUGCUGCUAGGCUACACGAGACGCCCUUACAUCAUGCUGCCAAGUCCAACAAUGUGGACAUGAUUGAGCUGCUGGUGGAGUUCGGGGCCAACAUUUAUGCCCGAGACAAAUACGACAGGAAGCCAGUCGACUACACAAGGCCAGAUACGCCCUCAGCGCACUGUCUUCAGCUUUAUGAAAGUGGCCCUCUUUCUCUUCAGCAGCUGAGUCGUAUCGCCCUGAGGAUGGUGUUGGGCACCCGAGCUGUGGAUGUGGUGACCAAAUUGAAUAUUCCCAACCGUAUUAUCAGUUAUCUCUUAUACCAAUGAACUCUUUCCUUAGAGGUUCACAGAUACGAUGGAAACUUUUUACCUCAGACGCACAAACACUUGAAACACUUGAGAUCUCUCAAACAGUAAAUAUUAGUUAUACUGGCACUUAAAGGGACAGUCACCCAAAAAUGAAAAUUCUGUCAUUAAUUACUCAGCCUUAUGUUAAUCCAAAACUUAAGACCUUUGGUUAUCUUCAAACCACAAAUGAAGAUAUUUUUGAUGAUAGGAUGUUUCGUCCAUACAGUGAAAGUCAAUGGGGUCCAAAAUAGCUGAUCCCCACUGACUCACUGAAACAGAGACACGUUUUUCGUAAUAUCUUCUAAUGAUAGGAUUUUCUUUUUUGGGUGGACUGUUUUAAGUAACAAAAGCACCAUAGAAAAUAUAGUAAAUAGCACUUUUUUUAUAGCACUUCUCAACAGAACACUCUGGCCUUGGCUGUAAAAUAUGUUGUCUGAGGUGAAUUUAGGACUGAUGGUAACCAUUAAACGUACGCUAAAUAUUGCCAGAGAGAAAGAGCAGGAGAUGGAGAGACACAAAAAAGGAAACACUUAAUCUGGCAGCUGUCUACAUUCAGGAACUCCUCUUCCAGGGAAACAUCAGCAAACAAGUCGCUCAGACGCCAGGCGCUAUGCACAACGCACUGCAUUGCUGGAUAUGAGCAUGUUAACAACUUCAUGCUUUUAUUAGAGAUUCAUUAUUAGAGGUCACAGCGGCUUGAACAAAGUGUUAUUACGCAGAAACACUGGCAUUUGUAUUAUGACAUGAGCAGUUUGAGUUAUACCAGCGUUUUGCUGCAUUGUCUGUGUUCCGCUAUAGUGACGCCACAGUGACACUAACACAAUCCAGUUUACAGCAGUGUUUUAUUGUAGUAUUAGUACACCGGUCAUAAUAUUUCACAAUUCAACUGAAGGAUUUAAUAUAGGCUGUAUGUUUGUUUCUCAUUCGUACAGCUAAGAUUUUGUCUUAAGUGAGGGAGAUAUUGAAAACAACAUGAAACAAUCUUUACAUCCUAUUAGCUGCUGUAAUAUAAUUAGUUAAUAAGAUAUUUCUGCAGGAAAAUACAUGGGGUUGGACUUGAUUUGAUGCAUUAGGAUUUGAUUGGAUCAUGAUAUGUUGGGCUUUUUGAUUUAUUUGUAUUAUUUCUCCUCAAUUUGGACACCUCGCCAAAAAUACCAGUAUUUUGCCGCGUCGCAGCGGUCGCUUCCAGUGUGGACACGGUGUUAUAUUACAUGCACUUAAUGAAAUGAAUACUUUUAUUUAACAAGGAUGCAUUAAAAUAAUCAAAAAUGACAGGUAAGACAUUAAUAUUAUUACAAAAUACUUUUAUUUUAAAUAAAUGCUUUGAAAUAUUUCUCUAUCAAACAAUCCUAUCCACCUUAUUCUUCAACGCGGAAGUAAGCCUAUGGAUGAGACUUCCGGCUCAUUAGCUGCUACUUUGCACUUUGUGUUGAUAAUUAAGGUAAUACAUUAAAAUAAUAUGUUAAGAAAUGCCUAUUUGCAAUAUUUAGCAGUUAAGCAAGCUGUUUUGUAUAGCUAAAAAUAGAUAAAAUUGGUGCUCCCACUCUUAUGGGAAAAAUCAGGUUUCCGCAAAAAUAUUAAGUAACUGUUUCCAACAUUAUAAUUAAUUGUGUUAAUUACAAAUUGCAUUCUGUGUUUUCAAAUAAAUGCAGCCUGGGUGAGUAUAAGAGACCUAUUUAAAAAAAUAUUCAAAAUGUUAUUGAAAUUCAAACUUUUGAACUAGUCACUUAUUUUAGUUUAGUUUAGUUUAGUUUAGUUUAGUUUAUUUUAGUUUAUUUUAUGGAUUAUGUACCAUUGGUUCAGUAUUUAAAAUGAACAGUAUAAAGACAUCUGAAUCCACUAAUGUUGUAAACUCUUUUAUUUUAUUUUAUUUUAUUUUAUUAUUAUUUUUACCAGUGGUUUAAAUUUUUAAAAUGAACAAUAUAAAGACAUCUGAAGCCACUAAUUAAUCUUUUAUUUUUUUAUUUUUUUAUUUUAUUUUAUUCAUAAGCAUUCUCAUUUAUUCCAGUGGCAUUUGUUUUAUGAAUUAUAUACCAGUGGUUCAGAUUUUACAUUUGUUUUGUUUAAUUUAAUUUUAUUUUGAUUUUAUAAUAAUAUUAAAUAUUUUAUAUUUAACAUAUAUUUUUGUAUUAUUCUGUUUUGUUUUUUGUUUGUUAUUUUAUUUUACUUUUAAUUUAUUUUAUUUUAUGGAUUAUAUAUCAGUGGUUUAGAAUUUUAAAUGAACAGUAUAAAGACAUCUGAACCCACUAAUUAAUUUUUAUUUUAUUUUAUUUUAUUUUAUUAUUUUAUUAUUCAUAAUUCUCAUUUAUUUCAGUGCCAUUUGUUUUAUGAAUUAUAUACCAGUGGUUCAGA